UUGCGACGAAGCUGACAACAUUAUACCGAGUAUAAAUAACAGCCCUAAAUGUUGUUUCAGACAUUGCAGUUUCAGUAUUUGCAACAUGAAGUUCUACGCUCUCUUUGCUUUUGUCCUGGCCUUAGUGGCGAUGGCUAUGGCCAUGCCUGAACCUCUGCCCGGUGGUGGCGGCGGCGGCGGUGGCGGUGGUGGUCUCACCUUUGAAGAGCUCGGUGGAGGCGGCGGCGGCGGUGGUGGCGGUGGUCUCAACCUUGAACUUGGCGGAGGCGGUGGUGGUGGCGGCGGCGGUGGCAAGUAAAUCGCUCAGCCAUCAACCGACAUACAUAGUUUAACACAUUGUUAAUUGAUUUUACUGUUUGGCGCAAGGAUUUAGAACAAAUUAUUACAUUAAUAAAUCUAAUUUGAUAAACAAAA